GGGACGGUUAAGGGGAGCUGAUGUUGUGUUGGUCUGGAGGGUCCAUGUAUCCAGGAAGAGGAUAUGAGAAGAGCAGCUUUGCUGGUAGAGCUCCCCAACUGAGUACCAUGUGAAGGUCUGACAGAGCCCCUUGAUUCGUGGGACAGGAGAGACGUCCCUCUUUCAGUCCAGAAGGGGAAAAUUCUUUGAACGUUUUUGUCUGCUUCAGUAGGCUCUUAAAGUAUCAUCUUUACCUGAACCACAGGGGCACGUGCCUGAGCCAGUUUGCCCACUGUGGGGAAAGGAAGUCUCAGGAGGCAUUCCGCGCGCCAUGGAGAAACCGUGGAAGUGUGGGGAUUGCAGAAAAGGAUUCCGCUCCCCCUCCUUGCUGGAGAUCCACCGCCGUGUCCACACCGGGGAGCGGCCCUUCACCUGCUCCGUCUGCGGCAAGGGCUUCACUCAGUCGUCCCACCUGUUCUCACACCAGCGGGUCCACACCGGGGAGAGGCCGUUUGCCUGCUCCGAGUGCGGGAAGGACUUCAGCGACUCGUCCCACCUGCUGACCCACCAGCAGGUCCACACUGGGGAGAGGCCCUUCACCUGCUCCGUCUGCGGCAACAGCUUUACCCGCUCGUCGGACCUGCUGUCCCACCAGCGGGUCCACACUGGGGAGAGGCCCUUCACCUGCUCCAUCUGCGGCAAGGGCUUCACCCGCUCGUCCGACCUGCUCAAGCACCAGCGGGUCCACACCGGGGAGAGGCCGUUCAGCUGCUCCGUCUGCGGCAAGGGCUUCACCCGCUCGUCCCACCUGCUGUCCCACCAGCGGGUCCACACCGGGGAGCGGCCCUUCACCUGCUCCGUCUGCGGCAAGGGCUUCACCCAGUCGUCCCAUCUGCUGACCCACCAGCGGGUCCACACCGGGGAGCGGCCCUUCACCUGCUCCGACUGUGGCAAGGGCUUCACCCGCUCGUCCCACCUGCUCAAGCACCAGCGGGUCCACACCGGGGAGCGGCCCUUCACCUGCUCCUUCUGCGACAAGGGCUUCACCCGCUCGUCCCACCUGCUGACCCACCAGCGGGUCCACACCGGGGAGCGGCCCUUCACCUGCUCCGUCUGCGGCAAGGGCUUCACCCAGCUGUCCCACCUGCUGACCCAUCAGCGGGUCCACACUGGGGAGUGGCCCUUCACCUGCUCCGUCUGCGGCAAGGGCUUCACCUGCUCCUCCAACAUGCUCUCGCACCGGCGGCUUCACAGCGGCGAGCGCUCGUUCAUCUGCUCCGUCUGCGGCAAGGGCUUCACCCAGUCAUCCACCCUGCUGACCCACCAGCGGGUCCACACCGGGGAGCGGCCCUUCACCUGCUCCGUCUGCGGCAAGGGCUUCACCCGGUCGUCCACCCUGCUGCAGCACCGCCGGGUCCACACCGGGGAGAGGCCAUUCACCUGCCCUGUCUGCGGGAGGGGCUUCGCUCACUCCCACCACCUGCUGCGGCACCAGCGGGGGCACAAGUGACGGGGCCAGCCGCUGUGAGUCACCGCCCAGGGCUGAACCCUGGGUGGGAGGGCGGAGGGUCACUGCAGUUGCUGUGCUCUCAUCCCCUUGG